CCGAAUCGGUUGGGGCCCUGGGAGGUGCGGUGGGCGUGAGAGAUGGAUCCGAGUUCAAAGGACCAGGAACCCUGUGAAAGCAAGGAGUCUGCUGUUAAUAACUCCGAAAAUGCCUCUUUUAUUUUGGGGACUGGAAAGCUUGUGACGCCCCAGAAGAACCUCACGGAAGCAGCUCCUAAUUUUUGCACCUCAGAUGCUUUUAAGUCACCUUUGAACUUUUCCACAGUAACAGUGGAGCAAUUGGGAAUUACACCUGAAAGUUUUGUUAAGAACUCUGCAGGGAAGUCAUCACCCUAUCUGAAAAAGUUCAGACGACGUUCUGCAGUUGGAACUCGGGGCUCUCCUGAAACAAACCACCUGAUCCGCUUCAUUGCUCAGCAGCGGAACUUGAAGAAUGCAGAGAAAUCUCCACUGGAGAGAUCCUGGUGUUCCCCUCUCCAGGGUAGCCCUGGACCUUAUCGAAAUGUUAGUUCUUUAAGAGAGCGAAUAUCUGCUUUCCGGUCAGCUUUUCACCCCAUAAAGGAAAACAAGAAAAUGGCUCACUGUCCAGAAUUCUCAGAGACAGAAGCUGAGAAGGAACGCCUUGGUGAAUACCAGCAGUGUGGGUCCUCUACCAACUCAUCCAAACGUCGGAGAAUAUCCUCGCAGAGCAAGUCCACUGACCCUUUCAGUACCUUGGAUGGAAAAGCCACGGAGGAUGUGCAGGAGUUGACCGCUGGCACCCCGAGGCGGCAUGCUUCUGGUGCUGCUGCUGCUGCUGGCCUUGAGAAAUCAUCUGACCUUGGGUUUACCCAAUCUGGCUUUGCAGUUGAGGAGUCUGUUUUUGUUGAAGAGCUCACAGAGGCUUCAAAUGGACGGGUGGUUGCUGGCGGCGUGGAGGAAAAGGCUGUCCCCCUGGAUGGGCUCGUAGCAGGAGUGAGCGCCCACGCAUGCCCAGAUGUCACAUCACCCGCCAUGCCAGUGUGCACUGAGGACACCCUACUGCCCCAGGCCUCUGGGCUUCGUUCUGUGUUGAAGAAACCUGUUAAUCUACUUCCCGAGAGCAGGCAGGAACACCACCACAGCCUCUGCAACCACGGGCCGCGUCCAUGCUUUGUCUCCAGUCCUUCAAGCUGUUGCCAAGAACAAAAAGCAGAUGAAGACGCUUGUAAGGUGCUGGCUCCACACACCACGAGGAAGAGGAAGAGAGUGACCUUUGGAGAGGACCUCAGCCCCGAGGUGUUUGAUGAGUCUUUGCCAGCUAACACUCCACUGCGUAAAGGAGGCACACCUGCUCGACAGAAGGACUUGAGCAGCAUCAGCCCCCAGCCCUCCGACCUGUCACCAGUUCCUGAGCAGUUACUUCAACCCAAUUUUGAUGACAAGGAGGAGAAUCUUGAAAACAUAGAGCCACUUCCGGUAUCGCUCCCUGUUCUGAGUCCUAAUAAAUCUUCACCGUGUGAGGCUGUCUCAGGCACAGAGACCUUUAUUUCUUCAAAUAACCCUGAAAAAACGUCUUCCCAUAAAGUCAAUAGAGUAACACGGACUUCUAACAGAAGGAAGCAAUCAAAUAUUUGCAACUUGGAGAAUAUGGAGACCCCACCUUGUAGAGAAAAGAAAACUAAUAAGAGGAAGUCUCAAGAAACCAAGUGUACAAACAAAACAGUUCCUAAAAAGAAUCAGGUUGGAAAAAGCUGCAGAAGGAAGAAAGGAAAGGGGAAGAAGAGUACUCAAAAGUCUUUAUAUGGGGAAAGAGACAUUGCUUCCAAGAAACCCCUCCUGAGCCCCAUUCCUGAGCUGCCUGAGGGCAACGAGAUGACGCCUUCAGGCCCCAGCUUCUGGAGCACUUGUUCAGGUGACCGCAGCCCCCUGGGCCUGGAGGACGCGCGCGCCAGCAACGCCGCCAGACGCAGAAGCUUGUUCCCGGUGCGCCCCGAUCUCCAGGCCCCCGCGCGCCCCCACUUCCCCCAGGACAGCCCCGCAGUGCCCGCGCCCGAGGCAGGGCCGCGCGCCCGGUUCGGCGACGGAGCCCCCGAAGCAGAGAGCCUGCCGGGAAGCGCGGGCGCCCCUGAGCCCCCCGAGGGGGACCCCGCGCCCCGCGAGCGUCCACGCGGCCCGGAGCUGGCUGCUGCGGGCCCGGGCACACGAGAGCUUUGCCCCGGCUCCGAAUCCACAGAGGGUGCGAGCGGGAAGCGUGAGCGCGGAGACUGCGCUGCGGAGGGACAGUGGCCGCCAUGUGAGCGCGAGCGCGGUGCAGAGGAUCCGCGGGGAGAGGCCUCCACUGCGGAGGGCGCUGCGGGGCGGCCUGCGGACGCAGACCCCAGCUCCAGGCCCCGGAAGCCGCGGGGGCGCCCCCCGCGCCAGCCCUGCUGCUCGGGCCCUGCGCAGGUGGAGACCCGGGAGAGCCACGGCCCGGGCGUCCACGCGGGUCCCGCGGAGAGCCUCGGCCCUCCCCACGGCCCGGGCGUCCACGCGGGUCCCGCGGAGAGCCUUGGUCCUCCCCACGGCCCAGGAGUCCACGCGGGGCCCGCGGAGAGCCUUGGCCCUCCCCACGGCCCGGGCGCCCACGCGGGUCCCGCGGAGAGCCUUGGCCCUCCCCACGGCCCGGGAGUCCACGCAGGUCCUGCGGAGAGCCUUGGCCCUCCGCAUGGCCCGGGAGUCCACGCGGGUCCCGCGGAGAGCCUCGGUCCUCCCCACGGCCCAGGCUUCCACGCGGGGCCCGCGGAGAGCCUCGGCCCUCCCCACGGCCCGGGAGUCCACGCGGGGCCCACGGAGAGCCUUGGCCCUCCCCACGGCCCGGGAGUCCACGCGGGGCCCACGGAGAGCCUUGGCCCUCCCCACGGCCCGGGCGUGGAUGCGGCCCGGCUCUGCCAGGAGCUGGCCGAGGCCAUGGAGCAGUCCCUGUGCGCAGCCGGCGUCCAGCCCAGGGUGCGCCGCAGCUCCCGGUUCCAGAGAGACUCCUGCGGCCAGGGGCUGAUGUGGGUUCCCGCGCCCCCCGCGUCCAGGCGGAGGACCGUGGGCGCGGUGGACAGUGGGGGGCCCGGCGCCCCGUGCGGAGGGGCCGAGGAGCGCCCGCCCGCCGUCCCGAUCCCGGUGCCCCAGCGGCACUGGUGGCGGCGGAGCUGCAGCUCCACACCGGCCAGCGCGCCCGAGGCCCCCGAGCCCUUGGGCCGUCCCAGACCCCGGGGCCGACCCCGGGGCCGACCCCGCCGCGCGCCGGCCGGCGCCCUGAGCCGCUCCCCUGCCACGCCCCGUCCCCCCAUCUCAGUGCCCUGCCCUUUGUUCCUGCUUCUUCCAGAAGGUGGCAGUGUGACACCUCAAGUUUUCCCUUCCCUUGUGUUAGCGGAAGACCCAGGCCUGCUCUCACCUCCUGUUCCCUAUGCCUUGCUCUAUUAG